AUGGACAAACACACCAAAAAGGGCCCGUGGUCGCCCAGCGAGGACCAGGCGCUGCUGACGCUGGUCCACGAGCUGGGCCCGCAGAACUGGGUUCGCAUUGCCGCCUCUCUCGAGCAUCGCUCGCCCAAGCAGUGUCGCGAGCGCUACCACCAGAACCUCAAGCCGUCGCUCAACAAAAUGCCCAUAUCCGACGACGAGGGCGCCAUUAUAGAAGACCUCGUCAACCGGCUGGGCAAAAAAUGGGCCGAGAUCGCAAGAUUGCUGAACAACGGCCGCAGUGACAACGCCAUCAAAAACUGGUGGAAUGGCGGCGCCAACAAGCGCAGACGGGCCUUGUCACCCAUAGCGGGCGCCGGUCGCGCUUCUGCCGCCAACAACACGCCUUCAAACGUGGUAGGUCCCUUGCCGUCCUCCUCAUCCUCCUCCUCAUCCUCGUCUUCUGGACCCGUUUUUCUCAACGCGCCUUCCUCCAACGAUCAAUGGGCUUCUGCUUCUGCUUCUGCUUCUGCUUCUGCUUCUGCUUCUGCUCCUGCGCCUGCGCCUGCUCCUGCUUCUGCUUCUACUUCCUCCAACCCACUGCCGCCGGUCUCCUACAUACAGCAUCAAAUGUACGCGGUGCCACACCCAUCCGUGCCAACCGCGUCCACCAACCCAGGCCUCCAUAUACCUCCUCCAUUCCACGCCCAACACCUUUACUAUGGUUCUGCGCCUUCUCUAAUGAAGCGUCCUACCCUUUCACAACUUCCGCAGUCACAAUCGCAUUCUCUGCCGCAUGUCAUCCCACAUCCACAUCCACAUCCACAAGCGCUUCCGAUCACGCAUGCGGUACCGCAUUCACUCUCCUAUCAGUUCUCACACUCUAGAAGUCAAUCAGAAUUGCCAUCGCUGGGUUCGACGGUAUUACCACGCUCCCGAAAAGCUUCUGUUUCUGCCGAAAGCACAAUCGCAGGCUCAAGACCGAACUCUUCCGGCCAUUCGCGUCGAUCUUCCUUGGCGUAUUUGGACGGUAUUGGUGGUAGUCAUAAGCGUCAAAACUCAAGCCAAAUAGGCUCGCCCAUGACUUGGAGUCGACGUGUCAGCGCCGUCUCCAUAGGGCUUUCCUUAAGCAACAGUUCCAGUACCAGCAGUAUGGUCUCAUCCAAUCAAACAUCAACACUGGGACCCAUCGUAGCGGGCGGUCUGCCGUUAAAUCAGGUGAGCAUGCCCGGGUCGUCAGCUUCGAACCAAAACGCACUGUCGUCGCCAAGUUUGGCAAGCGUCGCACCUAACAGCAGCAGCAGUAGCGAGCUUUUCAAUCCGGACUUCAAGUUCGGUGACCAUCUAACGAGACAUACGACUACCAUUCUUCCGAGGCCCUCGCCUCAGGAAAGUUCUUUAAGAGAUCAAGAAAAUUUACCGUUGCCCACUAAGGUGUCGUCCAGCCGCCCAGAGCAGCCACGCGUCAAAUUGCAUGAUCUGCUCAAUGAUACGGAUACUGACUACAAAUCAAAUGAUAAAAAGAUUUCUUAA